ACGCGCAGUGGUUGACCGGCGGCGCCGCUGAUGUCACCAGCUGAGCCCUGUCGGACCUUUCAUCCGUUGCGCAUGCGCAGAACAUUUUGUCACUGGCGCUGUGGCUAACAGCUAAGCUACAACAUGGAGAGAAAAGUUUUGGCUCUGCAGGCGAGGAAAAAGAGGGGAAAAGCCAAGAAGAGCAGCAAAAAGCCGCCGGCACAUCCCAGAAGUCGUCAGCAGGCCCAACGCGAAGCCUCGCCCCAAGAACCGGAAGAACCCGAGGAGAUUCUGGGCUCCGACGACGAAGAGCAGGAGGAUCCCAACGACUAUUGCAAAGGGGGCUACCAUCAUGUCAAAGUGGGCGACCUUUACAAUGGAAAGUACCAUGUCAUCCGGAAAUUGGGCUGGGGACAUUUCUCCACCGUGUGGCUGGCCCGCGACAUCCACAUGAAACGGUUUGUUGCCAUGAAGGUGGUCAAGAGUGCGGAACACUACACGGAAACGGCGGUGGAUGAGAUCAAACUUCUCAAGUCUGUGAGAAACUCUGACCCCGAUGAUCCCAAACGGGAGAUGGUUGUCCAGAUGUUGGACGACUUUAAGAUUUCCGGUGUCAACGGAACCCACGUCUGCAUGGUCUUUGAGGUUUUGGGACACCACCUACUGAAGUGGAUCAUCAAAUCCAAUUACCAGGGCUUGCCACUACCCUGCGUGAAGAGCAUCAUUCGACAGGUUCUCCAGGGCCUGGACUACUUGCACACCAAGUGUCAGAUCAUCCACACGGACAUCAAGCCGGAGAACAUCCUGAUGAGCGUGGAAGAGCCCUACGUCCGCAAGCUGGCGGCGGAAGCCGCCGAAUGGCAGCGGGCGGGAGCCCCGCCUCCUUCGGGCUCCGCAAUUAGCACCGCCCCCGCUCCAAAGCAGACCGUGAAAAUGUCCAAAAACAAGAAGAAGAAGUUAAAAAAGAAGCAGAAGCGGCAGGCGGCCCUGCUGGAAAAGUGCAUCAUGGACCUGGAGGAGAUGGAGAAGGUGACGGAGACGCGGGAGGACGACGACGAGGAGCUCGACGAGGAGUCGCCCAAGGGCCGGGCCUGCGCUCCUCUGAGGCAGCUGUCGCCGCCGGAUGUGGCCGGCCAAGACGCGCAAGGGAGCGCCGCCAAUGCAGACGGGUCGUCCGAGCUGAACUGCAACGGACACGCAGAGUCGCAGCGGCGACUUCCCCCGUGGAGGGAGGAAGAGCAGCAUAAUGGAAACGCCGCGCAGAAGCAAGAGCGAGCCUUCGUUAAUGGCUCGGACCGUGGCGACCUCGAGGACCAGCCGCGCCCUGACGUCCAAGAGCUGGGAGGAGAGCGCCUUUGUCGUGAGCGAGGAGAAGAUGGCAGUGAGGAAAUGCUCCAAAACGGCAAGCAAACGGCGGGAUCCCUGCUGGUUAACCCCCUCGAGCCGAUCAACGCCGACAAGAUCAAAGUCAAGAUUGCGGACCUCGGAAAUGCCUGCUGGGUGCACAAGCACUUUACCGAAGACAUCCAGACCCGGCAGUACCGCUCCUUAGAGGUCCUCAUCGGCGCAGGUUACAGCACACCGGCGGACAUCUGGAGCGCAGCCUGCAUGGCUUUUGAACUCGCCACAGGAGACUACUUGUUCGAACCGCAUUCUGGCGAAGAUUAUUCCAGAGAUGAAGACCACCUUGCUCUCAUGAUCGAGUUGCUCGGUGGAGUUCCUCGCCACUAUGCGCUGAGCGGGAAACACUCGCUGGAAUACUUCACAAAGAAAGGGGACCUGAAGCACAUCACCAAACUGAAGCCGUGGGGGCUGCUGGAGGUGCUGGUGGACAAGUACGCGUGGCCCCGGCAAGAGGCCGAGUGCUUUGCCGACUUCCUGCUGCCCAUGCUGGAGCUGGUCCCCGACAAGCGAGCCACAGCGGCCGAGUGCCUGCGCCACCCGUGGUUGGCCCGCUAGUGGACCCCCCCCCCCCCACCUUCUCCCUUCCCUUCCACACUCUCUCCGUAGAAUGCAACAGAUCACUUUUCCAGUUUGGGCAUAUCAUCCGAGUAUUUAUUUCUCUUGUUGUUCUUUUGCGCAUACGUUUGCGGGUUCUUCUCUUGAGCGCGAUGGCGAUGUUCCUCAGUUGGCUUCAACUGCUGUACCCGAGCGAGGGGAAGGGGGGGGUCGUUCUUGUUCCGACGGUGACUCCUCCUCCGUCUGUCCGACUCGUGCACUAAAAACCGACCCCCGACAGACCACAGGAUAUGUAGCCGCGUCCCCCGCGCUUUCCUUUCCCUUUUUACUCGCUCUUUUAUCUUCUGUUCGAUAUGUAUAAUACGUACACAUUUUUGUAUUUGUGAAGAAGGCGUAGGAAAUUGCACAUGGGGGGGGGGGUUGGCGCGUACGCCGCCGCCAGGAACAGUCUGACGGGAUGGACGGAUGUGGUGAGACGCGGGUGUCUUGUCUGUCAAUGCACAUACGUUAAGCGUCAGCACACGUUUGGAUGCUGCGUAAUCGCUUGAGAACGAUAAUAAUAAUAAUAAUAGAUGCAAAAUCGUUUUGCAAAUCCCUUUUCCACCUCCCGUCAUUCGAGCAAGCGCACGCGAGUCGGUUGCGGACUCACUCGGAAAAGGAUUUGCAAAUAGAGUUUUCCCGCACAGCCGAGGUUUCGGUGUUUUUAUUAUGUCACAAAUCCCCCGUAGGGCAGAAGAGCCUCUUUCAUCGCCAUCGGAUGCUGAUAUUCCAGAAACGUGCUUCCCAACCCAUAUCGAGUCAAGGCACAUAUUUUAUAUUAGGGGAAAAAAAAAAGAAAAGAAAUAUCUCACGGCAGAGUCGUGCCUGUCACGAUCCAUCUCUGCCAUACGUCAUCAUUCAAACACGCGUGAUUUCGGGUCAAUUUCAUGAAUUGUUCUACAGCGACACAAUUUAGGAAUCCAGCGCAACAGGAAGCCGCAAAUAAACAAAACGCAAAGCUGAACGAAAAAAAAAAACAACCUGAAAAUAAUUGUAUAUAUCUGUACCAAAGAAUUUGCCUUUCUAUAAAUAUAUAUGACAGUUCUGUACAGUUUCUAACAAAUGUUAUAUCUUAGCUAAAAGGAUUUAGCUGGGUAGCCGUGUUUUAAUAAAUGGACGCAAGAUGUUUGUGCUUGGUUGUAAUCGUGUGGCAAACGAGUACAUUUGUGCGGGUGGGUCAACUCCCAACUUACAAACUCAACCUAGAAUAAAAAUGUUCCAUAGCGCA